AUGUCGCUCAAGAGAUUUCACCGCCUCUGGGCCUUCCUGUUCGCCGCCCUGCUGGGCUGGCGCCUGGUGGCGGUCAGGCGAGCUGCGUUGGUGCCCGACGAUGCUCUAGCAGCCUGCACCAUUCACCUGGUGUGGCUGGCCCCAGAUCAUGACUUCUGGGAGCAGGACUUUCUGGUGGACGUGCUGUCUAGGACGGGGCACACCGUCGCCGUGCAGCGGCAGCACCCCGACCAAGUGAGCUGCCGCACGCGGCCGCCCAUCACCAACGGCGGCAGCAGCGGCAGCGGCGAGUGCGCCUUCACCAUCGUUGUGGCCCGCUGGAUCAGCCUGGUGGAGGGGCUGCCGCCGGAGUUCAAGAACGGCAGCUGCGCCUACGGCAUCGUGCAUCCCAGCGACGAGUCGCUGGGCGAGUCCCCCAGCCCGCUGUACGACCUCCCCGGCAUGCGCUUUGUGCUGCGCCAGUACGCCCUGGCCCCCGGCCAUGCGCCCGAGGCAAGGGUGCGCGCCCUGGGGCUGGGAUACAAGCGCGGCUUCUGGGAGGGCGCCGCCGGGCGCACGGCAGAGGCGACCCCGGCGUCAGACCGCCGCUUGACGUGGUCGUUUGCGGGCACGCUGCACCACGAGGAGCGGCAGCGGGCUGUGGAGGCGUUCCGUGGGCUGGAGCCGCACCAGGCGGACACCACCAGCCACUUUGACGCCCCCGACGGCCUCUCCACCGCCGCCUACCGCGACACUCUGCUGGCGUCAAAGUUCGUGCUCUGCCCUCUGGGCCACGUCAACCUGGACACCUUCCGCCUCUACGAGGCUCUGGAGGCGGGCGCCAUUCCUGUUGCCAUGCGCGUCAACCCCCUGCUGAGCGCCUACUGGAACUACAGCGGGCCCUACUGGCCGCUGGUCUUCCGCACCCCAGACAUCCCCUUUGUGGUGCACGACAGCUGGGAGGCGGCGGCGGCGGAAGUGCAGCGGGCACUGGCCGCCCCACGGCAGCUGGAGGCGCGCAGGCGCCAGGUGCUGGCCAUGUGGCAGCACCACAAGGAGGAGGCUGCCGCAUUUGUCGGCCAGCACAUGGCAGCUGCACUGACUCCGUUCCCGGCCUGA